AUGACGGCGUCCAGUCAAUAUGGCACUAUUUGUUGCUCUGCCAGCGAGGGACGCCUCAACAAUCGGAACAAAUGGCUAGCCGCGAGUAACGAUGCCAAUCCCUGGAUCGAGGUGGACCUCGAUGAGCCUACAGUGGUGACUGGGGUCAUCACGCAAGGCAUUUCCCGCAGUAUUCGCAUGUGGGUGACUGCUUACAAGGUGGCGUAUAAGAAGCAGCACUCAUCGGACUAUGAAUACGUGACGGAUGGAAACGGAGACAUCAAGGUGUUCAUCGGUAACACUGAUACCGACACCCCGGUCACUAACCUGUUUGAUGAAAGUGUGGUGGCCACGGUUGUGCGCAUUGAACCUAUGGAAUGGUAUAGUAAUUAUGUUGCUAUGCGAUUGGAGUUGCUUGGAUGUCGCCAUAAUUAAUUCGGCGAAGUAUGUGUUGAAGAAAAACUGUAUCUCUUGACUUUAUUGUAAUAUGUCCUUUUUUUUCAUAUAAUUUCGGUCUAAAUCGAAACGUUUAAACUAUAGUGGAACUUUGUUGUACAGUAAAAACAAAUGUAUAUUAAGCUGUGCUGCUAUAUAAAAUCUUUAAUACAAUAUGUAUAAUGUCCAUACAGUGUUCGAACUAAAUAAAAUGUGUAAAACGCAAUACAUAAUUGAUCAAAACAA